AUGCCCUUCAAUUUAUCUUCCAGCCACAAAUCCAGCUCAGGCACUCUGCAACCAUCACUCUCGAAUUUUUCAGCAUUCCAAAGAUUUCCUACAGAGUUGAAAAUUAUCGUCUGCAAGAACGCAGUAACACGCUCGGUUCCCAUCGACCUCAGCAAACGAAUCAAUCAAGGACUUCCCGAAGUCACACACAUUUCCAAGUUCUUCUAUACGGAAGGCAGCAAGUUCUACUACCGCGAAAAUACCUUCCUUCUCCCACUGCCUAGUCGACUUACUCGUGAAGAGAACUUGCAUCUGGAUCAAUGGCUUUGCAAUCCUGCAAUCACUGAAUCAUGCAAGAAGAUGAGAAAAAUUGUCGUUCAGGUGUCCUUGCCACCGGAAAGAUCGAGCCUUGCCAAUCUGAUACUUUUGGCUACACACUUCAAGGACAAGGCUAGCGAAGAAGCCAGGAAGACGGUCAAGCUACAGUUCAUCACCGUCGCGGCCGAACUCGAAUCCAUCAUGCCGGGCUUUUUUUUGAUCGUGUUUGAUGGCAGUUUGCACGAUCUUGCCAAGGGAACAUAUAGGAUCGACUGGGCAGAUGAUGAGGAGAUGGAGAUGAAUGCGGGUGUGCCUUUGCUUGAAAGAUCUGUCGCUCUCGGACGAGUCUGCGAAGAGCUGUGGCUAGCGAUCAUGAGCGUAUGGGCUCCUGACUCGUGA